CCUGGUUUGAUACAUUUACCACGGCUCUCUGGCUGAUCACCUCCUGCCAUGUUCACAUGUUCACAUGUUCGAUCCCUGCAGCCUGCUCACAGCCACGCUCUUUGUUUUCCUCAGCCAGGCUUCUGGCUAAGCUAUUCCCUUCAUUCAACCUUUUUUAAUGCUGGGACCAGCAAGGUUAUAAACGUGGUGAAGUGAGUCCCUGGCAGUGUUCAACGUGCAUCUCCCUGUUCUGGCCAAUGCUUGCUGCCCUACAGCAUGACCACAGCAGCGUCGGCUCAUCUGGUAGUUCUGGCAAAUGAAAAUGGAGGAGGUUUCAAUGUCCGGCCUGGACAACAGCAAGCUGGAGGGCCUAGCUCAGGACAUCCUGUCUGACCUGGUGGAGGAUGCAUGCCUGGGUCUUUGCUUCGAGGUCCACCGGGCCGUCAAGCAGGGCUACUUUUUCCUGGAUGACACGGACCAAGAAAGCAUGAGGGACUUUGAAAUUGUGGACCAGCCGGGAUUGGAUGUGUUCGGCCAGGUGUACAACCAGUGGAAAAACAAAGAGUGUGUAUGUCCCAACUGCAGCCGAAGCAUUGCCGCCUCACGGUUUGCCCCGCAUCUGGAGAAAUGCCUCGGGAUGGGACGCAACAGCAGCCGUAUAGCCAACCGCAGAAUAGUCACCGGUAACAACACCAACAACAAGUCAGAGAGCGACCAAGAGGAUAACGACGACGUCAACGAUAAUGACUGGUCUUACGGGGCAGAGAAGAAAGCCAAGAAAAGGAAAUCUGACAAGAAUCCAAACUCACCCAGAAGAUCUAAGUCAUUCAAGCAUAAGAGCAGCAUGAUGGGUCCUAGACGUCGCAUGGACAACCAGGAGAGCCCGCGCAUGCUGAUGAAAGACGAGGCAUUCCCUCAAUAACACACUCGGCCACAAACACACAUUCUCUUACCAACGUGUGUGUGCACAUACACACAAACACGCACACACACGGGAAGACCAGUAACACUUCACCUUGGUUCUUCAUGUUGUGAAAUCAACGGACGUCCAUGUUAUAGGUGACAUUCAUGGCGUUUGCUGCUCUGCAGAAGCAGUCCAGACCUCCCACUGUAUACUUGAGAUUUCUGUGUCUUUUUUUUCCACAAAAUCAUCGAACCAACACUCAUUUCUUCUUUUGUUUUAGAUAAUUUUGUAUCAGAUUUUUUUUUUUUUGCUGGAGUCCAAAAUAAUGAAUAUCACCAUAUAUACGAUUUCACUGCACAAAGGUAGCUUCUGGUGUCAUUCAUGCAGCAGCCAAGCAGGGGCAGCUGUGUGAAGAGUGAACGUGUGCACAUACAGUAUGAUGUUUUUUUUUAAAUACAGAAAUGAUUAGACAUUAGGUGUACUUCUAUUUCCAUUCUUUGAAAAAUAAUGUCAAAGACAAUCAUUACUAAUGGUUUGUCUUUUAUUUUCACAUCCACUGUAGGCUCAUAGUUUUCCAGUUGAAUCACAAUACAGUGUUUGAGCGAGACGCAACCCUCAGUUUGUCAUUCACCUGUGGAAACUUGUUUCAAAAAGUUCAGUAAACAAACCUUUAAUUGUGCAAGCAGGUAUUUGCUGCAGACUGCAGGUUUGUUUCGUUUAAUUUCCUUUUUGGUGGAUAUGUCGGCUUGUUUUCUAGCAUUCAAAAAAUGUCUUUGUAUCAUGUGUUUACAUUGUAAAGGGUUACAUAUAUCUUUGGUGUGAUGUGAUAGUGUAAAUAUUCUAAUAGUUGAAUUGCUGCUAUCAUGGCUCAGUUUGUUUCAUCUGUCUAGCAUAAUAAAUGAUUUGUUACCUGUC